ACUGAUGUGGUUCUUGUUUGACAAGUAAAAUAAAAAAAUUGUUAAAAAAUGAAAGUGAUAAAUGAAAAUUAACUUUAAAUUAUUAUAUUUGUGUGUUAAUUAAUUAAUAUUAUUUAAAACGAAAUAAAACUGUAAUAUGGAGAAAACCAAUAUAAAAACCGAAUCAUCUUUAGAAGACAAAACAAACGAAAAAGAAGAGAAACCUUUAAUAAAAUCAUCGGAAGAAAUUUUAACUGAAUUAUUUAGCUCUUUUAAUGCAGAACCACCGAAAAUUGAUGAUAAUCUAUUGAUUGGAACUAUAAAAAAGCAUAAGAAAAGUAAAAAGAAACACAAGAAAAAGCAUAAGAAAAAACGUAAACAUGAUGGUGAAUCCAGUGAAAAUUCUUCAGAAGAAAAAAAACGUAAGAAAUCUAAAAAGAAAAAGAAAAAAAGUUCCAGUUCUGAUACAGAUUCUGAUGAAGAGGAAAUGCGACGUCAGAAAUUGAAUUUAAUUCGAAAUACUGUGUUAGAUUUUAAAACGAUGUAUUUAGCAUUAUCGGAGGAUUUAAAAAAAGAGCAAGAUAAAACUGAAGAUGAGGUUUUUUUAGAUAAUGUUAAGGUGAAACAUGAAAAAGAAUCAACACCACCGAUAAAAGAUAGUGUAAGUCAAGAAGAAGAAACGGGGUAUAAAAAUGAUAAAUUAGAAAUUCAAAGUACCGGUGAUAAAAAUGAUAGCCAAGAAAAUAAUUUGGAAAGUGAAGAAGGUUUAAUUUCGGACACAUCUAAAAAUGGUAAACGCAAAUACAGCGUAGAUGAUUUAAAUUUAACUGAAUCUACUGAGGAAGAAACUGGAAAAAUACAUAAACGAAAGAAGAGAAAACAUUCUAAAACUCAUAGUGAUGAAAAACACCAUCGAAAACAUCGAAGCCGUGAAAAAUCAAGAAAAGAAUCGGAAGAAAAACACCAAAAAUCAGAAGAAAAGUUGAAAGAGAAACAUCACAGUCAUAGCAAUAACCAUAAUCAUGGCCACCAUAAUCGUGAUAAACAUGUCUCUUCCAAAAGUUGGUACGACGAACAAUCUCAUAAUAAAUCACACCGAAGUGUUAAAGAUCGGUUAGGGUAUGGAACAAAACGUGAUCAUAGCUACGAUCGACGUACAUCCACUAAAAAAUACCACAAAUCAGAUUCAUAUGAUCGACGAUACAGACAUAGAUCGAGAAGUAGAUCGCGUUCACGAUCUGGGUCUGAAUCCAGGCGAUUUGAUAAAAAGAAAUUAUUGGAAAUAGCACGAAAAAAUGCUAUAUCAAUGUUAAAAAAUGGUUCAUUACCUGGCUACGUUGGUUUAGGACCACAAGCACAAGAAAAAGUAUUAGCUGCUAUAAAAGCUGGUGGCAAGUCAAUUGAUGAAUUAACUGAUUUUUGUAAGAAUUUAUCUAGGCAAGAAGAAAUGGGUGAAUUAUCAAGUGUGUCGUCUGGUGAUGAGGCAUUACGUACUAGUGAUAAUGAAAAACCGUUUAAUCAUCCCUUCCAGAUAAAGGAACGCCCUUCCAGCAUUAUUAUGAAUAUUCCAAAUUCAACAGUAAUCCCAAUAAAAACGCCACAAGAAAAAGCAAUGGAUAAAAGUACUUUAUUAAUGCAAUUUCCUGUAUCAAGUGGCCAACUUCAUCGUAAAACUGAAAAUGAAUGGAUACCUGUUGAACCGAAAAAAGUUGAACCAACGCCUCCUCCUUUGCCAAAAAUACCUAAACCAGUACCAAAACCAGUUGUGGAAUCAGUUCAAAAAAUACCAGUACCAACUAAUUUUGUUCCACCAACACCAGUUCCACCAGUUGUACAACCUCCAUUAAUUGUACCUCCAGUGGAGAGUACAACGGUGCUACAACCGCCGAAGAUCACAAAUCAAACGUACUCACAAGCACAGGCAAUGAUACAACCUGUGUUUCCUACUCCAGCUGAGAAUCUAGAUAUUGGAUCGAUAGUAUCGCAGCGAUUAACCGCAAUGCGUAAAUUACAAGAGAAUCCAAAUGACAGCCAAGCUGUUGCGGAAAUGUAUAGAGCUCAACAAGAGAUGCAAAAUUGGGCAACAAGUAAACAAAUGCCUGGACAAUUUACAGGUAGUACUGGUGCGCAGAUACUGUCUGCAGCUGAAUUAUCCUCAGGAUAUCAGGCAUGGGCUCGUAAGGAUCAAUUAGUAACAGCAACACCAGUGUCAGGUGGAAUGGGAAUGCAUUUAUUACAAAAAAUGGGUUGGCGACCUGGUGAAGGUCUUGGCAAAGAAAAAAAUGGUGCAUUACAACCAUUAAUGCUUGAAGUGAAAUUAGAUAAAAAAGGUUUGGUGGCUGAUGAAGAAAUUAAAGGUAAACGACCACCACAAAAAGAAAAGAAAAUUAUUCCAAUUAAAUCAUUGGAAGGAAAACAUCCAGUUUCAUUAUUGGGCGAAUAUGCGUGUAAACGUAAAUUAGGUGUUCCACAAUAUGAAUUAUGUUUUGAAUGUGGACCUUCACAUAAGAAAAACUUCCUAUUUAAGGUGAAAAUCAAUGGUGUAGAAUACCAACCCAGUGUUGCUAGUCCAAACAAAAAACAAGCCAAAGCUGAUGCUGCAACAGUAUGUUUACAACAAUUAGGAAUUUUGCCUUCAUAAUUAAACAAGCAAUAAAUUGUUCACUAAUUUUUUUUAUUUGUGUU